AUGAAGACUUUCGCUUUCCUCCUUCUCCUUACAUCUACCGCAACAGCCGUCCGCGUUGUCGGUGCAGCAGAAGGCUUCGCUAAAGGCGUUACUGGAGGUGGCAACGCCGCAGAGGUCUUCCCCAAGAGUAAUGCUGAGCUGAUCAGCUACUUGGGAGACAGCACUCCCCGAGUCAUCGUCUUGGACCGUACAUUCAACUUUAUCGGAUCCGAAGGCCGCACAAGUGCAACGGGAUGUGCUCCCUUUGGGACUGGUGCCUCUUGCCAGACAGCCAUCAACGCGAACAAUUGGUGCACCAAUUACCAAAAGAACGCCCCCAAGGUCGCCGUCAACUACGACAACGCAGCCCUCAACCCCAUCCGAGUCGCCUCCCAAAAGACUCUCGUCGGGGUAAACGACAAAGGCAUCAUCCAAGGAAAAGGCCUCUACAUCGCCAACGGAGCCAAAAACAUCAUCAUCCAAAACAUCAAAAUCCAAGAACUCAACCCCCAAUAUGUCUGGGGAGGCGACGCCAUCGCUCUAGACAACGCCGACAUGGUCUGGAUCGACCACAUCACCACCUACCACAUCGGUCGCCAACACGUAGUCCUCGGCAACGGGCCCUCGAACCGCGUAACAAUCUCCUCCAACGACUUCGACGGCCGAAGCGAUUACUCGGCAACCUGUAAUGGAAAACACUACUGGGCCUUAUAUUUCACAGGUUCCUCAGACCUCAUCACUUUCAAAAAUAACUACAUCCACUCCACCUCGGGACGCUCCCCCAAAGUCUCCGGAAACACUCUCUUACACGCCCUCAACAAUUACUUCUACGAUAACCCCUCCCACGCCUUUGAAAUCGGUAGUGGAGCCCGGAUUCUCGCCGAAGGCAACGCUUUUCAAAAUAUCGCCAACCCGAUCGAGACGGCUUCUAUUGAGAGUAACGGGUACAUUUUCACGGCUCCGGAUGCGAAUUCCAAUGCGUUGUGUGGCGGGUAUUUGGGCAGGAGUUGCGUGUUGAAUGCUUUUGGAAGUUCGGGACCGUUUGCUGGCGUGGGGAGUGUUGAUCAGGCUUUGGCGAAUUUUAAGGGGAGGAGUGUUCCUAGUGCUGGUGCGUCGGGGGAUACGGUUGGGUAUGUUUUGCCUAGGGCUGGGUUUGGGAAGGUGUAA